AUGGCAUUCCUCAUAAACGGCCUGCUGAACUGGCUGCGGAGUCUGUUCUGGAAGCAAGAAAUGGAACUGACGCUCGUCGGCCUACAAAACUCGGGGAAGUCGACGCUAGUCAACGUUCUUGCGAACGGGCAAUGCACAGAAGACAUGAUCCCCACGGUCGGGUUCAACAUGCGCAAAGUGACGAAAGGCGCCGUCGUGAUGAAGCUAUGGGAUCUGGGCGGGCAGGCGCGGUUUCGGAGUAUGUGGGAGCGGUAUUGUCGGGGUGUUAACGCUAUUGUAUUCGUGAUGGACGCAGCAGACCACGACAAGAUCCCCGCCGCAAAAGCCGAGCUGCACCAACUGCUCGAGAAACCGUUGCUGGCCGAUAUCCCGGUGUUGGUGCUCGGGAACAAGAACGAUCUGCCGAAUGCGUUGGGGGUGGAUGAGGUUAUUGAAAAGCUGGACCUCCGAUCAAUAACCAACCGCGAAGUAGCCUGCUACAGCAUCUCGGCCAAAAACUCGACAAACAUCGACAUAACGAUGAAUUGGUUGAUCAAACAUGCCACUUCAGGGUCCCGAUAG